UUACUGUCAAGCUGGGGCAGCCAUGCUUCAGGCUGCUGGACGGGGAUGGAGGAUGGAUGAGGCUUCAUGCCACAGAAUACAUCGUGGGGCCGUGCCUGAGCAAAGCCCUUUGCAUCACACAUGGAAGCUGCUGUUGGAGUGGCCCUGCUCUCCCGGGGAGAAGCCUACCUGUGUCCUGCCUGCGAAGCCCAGGGCCCUUGCAAAGUCAGGCAGAUGGUGGCAUCACCUGGGAAAAGCACUCGGCUGCUGUCCAGUGCUAUUCGCAGAGCUGCCACAGGGCUGGCAAGUGGCUCCAGUGCCCAUGUCCCCUCUCCCUGGGGAAGCCCAGGACAGAGGCAGUGACUGGGACCUCAUUGCACAGCGAGAUUGGCAUCCCUCCAGCAGCCGUGGCAAGGCUGGUGCUCAGCAAGAGGCUAUUACCACAGGGAUUUUCUCUCUAGCCCAGGCCAGGGAAGCAGGGAAACACAUGGUACUGGCAUGAGGAGUCUGGGACCAAGCAGCCCAGAGACGACACUGUGGGAAUGCCAAACCCUGGGCAGGCAGAGGCUCGGCUGUGCUCCUGACUUUUGCCAGCUCCCGGCUGCCUCAUUUCCCCUGCAGUGAUACCAGCGUGUAGAGGUGAUGCUCAGCCAGGCGUUUGUCCUGCCCAGGCAGCUCUGUGAGCACCAGUGUGGUUUGCCAUAUCCUCCCAGCCCCCCUCAAGCAAGCUGCAGGGGAGCUCAGCUGCUUCCAGGAGCUCUGUGCCUUCAGUCCUGGGCACUUUUCUGGCCAAGGAGCAUAUGUAAACUAUAAAUCCCCUGGUGGGGUCUGAGCACAGUUACGGGACUGGAAAUACAGGUUUCCUUUCCUGAGGGGCAGAAGAAGGCUUGGCUGGAGCAGGAACUGGCAGCCGGGGGAGGCAGGGAGCUGGGUGUCAUUGCAGGGGGCAUCUCUGCCAUCGGGCCUCCCACGGCCACGCUUGGCCUCCCCUGGUGAGCAGUGAGGAACACGGACCAGCACAGUGCCGGGCUGGAAUCCCACCCAUCUGAAUCCCAGCGGUGUGAGCAGAGCCAGGGGGGUUGCGCUGAGAUUAGCCCCAGCAUGGCGGGUAGGACUAGCUGGGGCCAUGGGCUGUGUGUCCUGGGCAAAAUAAAUUAGAGGGACCUGAAGGCUCCUGUCCACACCGUGAUGCUUGUGAGCUUGAAGACUCCAGGCAGUCAUAGCGCAUGGACCUGGAUGUUGUUUCAUGGGGUAAGUUUUUGGAUAACACAACAUCUUCCAACGUCUUCACAACAUCCCUGACUUAUCCUGCGUUCCUACACUUGUUUGUUUCCCAAAUGAAGUGCACUGUGAGUUAGGCCCCAAAGCUCAGCACAGGAUGCUGGGGGCUUCGAGCAGUCCGGGGAGCAGGAACCCCAGCAUCCAUCCCGGGGAAGACACAGGGGCCGCUGAACCUGCUCCCCACAGUGUGGGGUUUCCAGCUAAAAGCCGCUGAUUCGGGUUUCCGCCUGGCUUCAUUGUGCCAUGUUCUGACCCAGAGCCCAGCUUGGCAGCUGUCGGGGCUGCAGGGCACAGGGCAAACCCCAAACCCGUGGCUGGGCUUCGGGGGUAGGAGUGGCUGCUGCUGUCCCUGCCAACCUCACUGAGCCGGCGUGGCGGGGGGUGAUUUGGCAGCACUGAGGUCUAUGUUCCCACACCACGCGGAGGACAGGGGGCUGUUCAUUUGUGGGGUCAGCGGUUCCUUCUCUCCCCAUCGAUGUGCCCGGAGGGACAGGCCACAGCACUGCCCAUCGUUCGCUGCUGCCGAGUCCCCGGCCAACCCCCGGGGUCCCGAGUGAGGGUGCGGGGGGGGCAGGUUUCCAGCCUUGAGCCUCCUCUUCCUCAUCCCGCAGCCAGACCGGGCAGGGAGGCGGCCGGGGCAGAGCCUUGGGGGUGGCAUUGGCCGGGGAGGAGGAGGAGGAAGAGGAGGAGGAAGGCGGGUGGGGCCGCGGCUGACGCUGCCCCCGCGGCACCGGGACUCGCGGCUCCGCUCGGACGCACCAUGAGCGGCCCCGGUGGGGCAGCGGCGAGCGGGACCCCCCCGGCAGGGAGCGGGGACACCCCGGCGGGGAACGGGGACACCCCUGCACUACCCCGGGACUACGAGCUGGCCGGCAAGGUGAUGUUACUUGGAGACUCGGGCGUGGGGAAAACCUGCUUCCUGCUCCAGUUCAAAGACGGGGCCUUUCUCUCCGGGACGUUCAUAGCCACCGUGGGCAUAGAUUUCCGGAACAAAGUGGUGGCUGUGGAUGGCGUGAAGGUGAAGUUGCAGAUCUGGGACACGGCAGGACAGGAACGUUUCCGCAGCGUCACCCACGCCUACUACAGGGAUGCCCAAGCUCCCUCUUCCCUUCCAGCCCUGCUCCUGCUCUACGACAUCACCAGCAAGAUGUCCUUUGACAACAUCCGCGCCUGGCUGACGGAGAUCCAUGAGUACGCCCAGAAGGACGUGGUCAUCAUGCUGCUGGGCAAUAAGGCUGAUGUGAGCAGCGAGAGGGCUGUGAGGACGGAGGAUGGAGCGUCACUGGCCAGGGAGUACGGGGUGCCUUUCAUGGAGACAAGUGCCAAGACGGGUAUGAACGUGGAGCUGGCCUUCCUGGCUGUUGCCAAGGAGCUGAAGCAGCGCGCGGUGCAGCCGCUGGAUGAGCCCCGCUUCCAGAUCCACGACUACAUCGAGUCGCAGAAGAAGAAAUCCAGCUGCUGUGCCUUUGCCUGAGAGCAGCUGGGAGGAGCUGGGUGGUAGAGCAGGGGCCAAAUCCUGCCCUCCAGCGCCCAAGGAAACCAGAAUGACAAGCCAAGCAUGGAGGGGACAAUACGGCAGAAUGGAGCAUGCACGAGGAGAGACAUCACCCCAGUGCUGGGAUCCAGGGGCUGGAUCCUGCUGCCUUGCGGGACCAUGUCUGAAGCUCACUGCUGCUGUCAGCUUUUGUCCUCCUGCCACCACCAGGGCAGCGAUGUUCCCAUUGCGUGUUUCCCGGUUCUGCUGGAGGGAAGGGCUGGGAUAGCAAAGUGUCUGGCCAAGCCUGCUCCCUGCCCCUGCAGCUGGUGUGAGAAAUAAAGCUCCCUGAGAGCACCCAAGUGACACGUAGGACACUUCUAGUACACGUGGCAAUAUGGAAAAACCUUUAUUUUCCCCCUCUUGUAGCUGCGGGAAUGAGAGACCUUUUUUUUUGAAUAACAAGAAAAACCUUUUUGUUUUCAAUCCCUCCAGACAAAAUCAUCUCUGGCCCCACACACGCUGGAGCUGGUGGGGUGGAUGGGGAUGGGGGUGAGGGCCCAGACUUCUGUGCGUGCUGGUUCCCAGGCCAGGCUGGGGUUCUCUCCCGUCGCUGCACACGUAAUGCAACAGCUUGUUCCUGCUGCUGGCAAAUAGCAACUGAAACCCACUCUCUGGAGAGCAAAUGCCUGAGAUGCUUCAGCCAGCAAAUGCUGCUUCGUUGGUUCAGUGGGGCACAGGGUGCAAGGCUCAUGUCCCAUGUCUCUGUGCAUCCCUGGUGAGCGCUACCUGGGAUGGUGACAUGGUGAAUAUUUGGUUAUGUAGCUGAAGAGCUGAUGUGGAGGGCAGCUGAGAAGGCCAUGGGACUGGCCAGCACAUCCGUCCCUGCCAGCACCUUCCCUGGCCCUGCACCCAAGCUGCUCGUCUCUCACUGGCCCCAGUGCCUCCUUCACCUCUGCUCUGCUCCCGGGUCUCUCUUUGCAAGUUUACAGAUUAAAGCUGGGUAUUUUCGAGGCUUUGCA